AUGUCACAGAAGACAUACAGUAAGAUGUGGGCAAAUGCCCAGAGCGAGCUGAGUCUCCUGGUAGCUGAGGAGCUGCCUGACAAAUCCCCCGGUCCAGUAUCGGACCGGGAGGCCUUCUUCGAGCAUGUUGCCACGCUUUACGUGCGCUACAUCCAAAUCUUCAGACAGCUGGAGAUGGUCUAUGACCAGUUGGUUCACCCUCAGAAAAGAGAAGUUGUUCGUGGCGUUCUGGAUGGUGUGAUGGGGAGAGUGUUGGAGCUGAAGAGGGAAAUGGUGGACACGCAGUUGUCAGAGUUCCACAACAUGGAUGAGAUUCUACACAGUUUAAAGCUCAGACCUGUAGACCUUGAGAUUCCUAUCCCUCACUAUUUCAUCACUGAGCACAGCCAGGAACGAACCGACAUCCUUAAAGACAUUGCAAUGUCCAAGGCCAUUACGAUCAUUCAAGCGGCAGAGAGGGCGCGUCAAGGACGCCUGGCGGCGAAGUUGAAAGUGAGCAGGACUAUUAAGAGUGACAAGGAAACCUAUUCAGAAAAAGAGGUUUCUGCAGCCAUCUGCAUUCAGAAGGUGUGGAGGGGCUACAUACAGUGGAGGACUUUCAAGACUGCAAAGGAAUCAACGACGACUGUUCAGGAUGCAAAGAUGCAUUUGCAUGAAAUAAUUGCCCAAACUAACGAAGCUUGCACACGGAUUAAACAGCAGGAGCAUGAAGAAGAUUACCAAAAGUCCAUAGCAGCAAUCACACAAGAACUACAAGAUAAAGGUCCUGACAUGAGCAACUCAAUGAAAGACCAAAUCCGCCAGUGGUUCUUAAACUGCCGUUAUGCUACUGGCUCAUUUCCAGAUUAUCCUGAUGAAGACGAUGGAGGAGGAGCUCUCCUUUUAGCAGACAAGGACCCUGUGCAGUUAAUGAACGAAAUUGCUGCAGUUAAGGAGGCAAAGAAAAAUGACAACGCAAAAGAGAAAGGAGACAAAAAGGGCAAAGGGAAGGAAAAGAAGACAAAGGGGAAUCAGGACGAGGAGCUGGAGAUGCAACCCUCAGCUUUUCUGUCAGACUUGCAAGAGGGAAACAAAAUCUAUGAAGAUGUUUGGCAGACCUGUGAUGAGUCCAACAACUUCUACCAGAGACAUGUGGUGCAGCUGAUCAAGGAAGAAAAGAGUAAAGUCAUAGAUGCGGAGAUUCAAGUACAAGUUGAUGAGGAAAUGAGAGAAGAGCUGGCUCAACUGAAACUAAAUGUGGAUAACAUCAAGGAUAAGACCAAAAAAGGAAAAGGCAAGAAAAAUAAAGGCGAUAAAGGAAAGAAGGGGAAAACAGUGAACGAUCCGACAGCUGAUAGGACUCUUGAGUCUCUGUGUCAAGAGCUGGUGGACCAGAACUUGCUGAAAAUGACAUAUAAUGUCAGCUUUCAGGAUUACUUUGGCAAUUAUAGCUACCUCGGCACAAUUCUGAAGAAAUAUGACAUUGAAGCCACACCAUCGUUGUUAGAUGUACGACAUGUGUUAACUCUAUAUGCAGUUUUACCAUUGGGCUCUCAGGUGGUUCAUGAAAAAGCUCCUCUGAUAAAUUCCAUCUUACUGGUAGGGCCAGCGGGAACAGGAAAAAAGAUGUUGGUCCAUGCAAUAUGCUGCAGGACAGGAGCCACCUUGUUUGACCUGUCACCUAUGAACACAGCAGGAAAGUACCCAGGCGACGAAGGCCUCAACAUGAUGCUUCACAUGGUCUUUAAGGUUGCACGACUGCUGCAGCCUUCAGUGAUAUGGAUCGGAGAUGCAGAGAAAAUGUUCUACAAGAAAGUUCCCAAGGAAGAAGAAGAGCUCCACCCCAAACGGUUGGCGGGAGCUCUGCCCAAGCAGCUUAAGAUGAUCAAAGGGGAAGAUCGUGUUCUAAUCAUAGGAACAACGGUAGACCCUACAUGUGCUAAUAUUAAGACAUUGUGUAAAACGUACGGCAAAAUCAUUGUCAUCCCAAGACCUGACUAUGGUUCGAGAUUCAUUUUGUGGAAGCAACUGAUCAAAAAGCAGGGAGGUGAGAUCACUAAGACCUUGGAUAUCAGCUCUCUCGCCAAAUUUUCUGACGGCUACACUCCAGGUGACAUGAUUCAGGUGAUCAAGCAUGUCGUCACCAAGCAGCGCAUCCGGUGGCAAGGAUUCAGACCGCUGGUUACUGCUGAGUUCGUUAGGCACUUCAAAAAGAUGGAUCCAGUAUAUAAGAAAAAGGAAGAGGCCCUGAAAAAGUGGUAUGCAAAGACACCUCUGGGGAAAAAGCAAGUCGCUUUACAAAAGAAACUCAUUAAAAAUGACUAA